UUGGAGUAUGACAGCGUGGGGAUGGCAAACUAUUUUGAUAGUCCGUGCGCUGACACUGGUCUAAAGAACGAGUACCAACAUUACUAAAAGAAAUAAGUGUAGCUGCCAAGUGACAGCUGGUUUCGUUUUGUUGUAUCGGUUAUCUAUUUGGAAUGAAUUUUUAUUUUCUACAAAUAAUUUAGUAUAAAAUGUGGUAAGCGAUGUAAACAUUUUCCACUAUCCCUGGAGUUUAUUAUAAAAGUGUAUUUGUCAUAGCACUAUCAAGGGAAAGAUAUUUUCCUGUAUUAUUUUUGUCACAACCCUAAAGAGGUAUAAGAUGUUAUCAGCAUUUAAAAGAUUGGCUGGGAAGUCUGAUGGAGUUGGUAAUGUAUCUCCAAGACCAGCUCAUCAGUCUAUGCCAACAACAUUACAGAGAAAAUUUGCCAAAGGUGUACAAUAUAAUAUGAAAAUUAUUAUAAAGGGUGAUAGAAAUGUGGGAAAAACUUGUUUAUUUCAUAGACUUCAAGGCCAAAAAUUUAUAGAAGAAUAUAUACCGACAGAAGAAAUACAAGUAACAAGCAUUCAGUGGAACUAUAAAGCAACAGACGAUGUUGUGAAAGUCGAAGUGUGGGAUGUUGUAGAUAAAGGUCGCCGAAGAAAAAAGUUUGAAGGCCUGAAGAUGGACAAUUCUCAGUCAGAGAAUAUAAUUGAGGAACCUGCAUUGGAUGCAGAAUUUCUUGAUGUCUAUAAAGGGACCAAUGGCGUUAUCAUUAUGAUGGAUAUUACAAAGUCCUGGACAUUUGAUUAUGUACAAAGGGAACUUCCAAAAAUACCUAGCCAUAUACCAGUUAUCGUUUUAGGAAACCAUUGUGAUAUGGCUCAUCACAGAACAGUUACAUCGGAUCAUGUGACGUAUUUUAUUGAUUCAUUACACGAGAGAUCGGCACAAGUAAGGUACACUGAAUCAUCCAUGAGAAAUGGUUUUGGUUUAAAACUUCUGCACAAAUUCUUCAAUCUUCCAUUCCUUCAGCUACAACGAGAAACAUUGCUGAAACAGCUUGAAACCAACGAAGGGGAAACGCGUCUGACAGUACAGGAACUUGAUCUAUUUCAGGACAGCGACGACGCCGAUUACAAUAAAUUCCUAGAUAAUCUCGUUAACAGAAGAAGAGCUAUCGCUGAUUCAGUUUCUGCCAGUAUUCUAGUCUCCAACGUUACAACUUCUUUAAGCAAUCAUCAUAUAUCAUCUUCUAAUGGUAACAUAAAUACAAAUACAGAAGUUAGGAGAUCCAUUUCGAUGCCUGGUCCAAUAGGAGGUGGAACGCCGAUUCCAGUUAAAAAUAUAGAUAUGAAAACAUCACCAAAGAAAGAGAAUUUCAGCACUUUAGAGAAUCAAGUAGCUCCUAUUAAAACUAUGCAGAUUGCAUUAGCAUUAUCUGCCUCUCAAAAUGUAACAAAUGCAGACUCCAAAGUAUCUGAAUUUUUAAAUAGUAAUUCUGACAGAAGAGAUUCCAUUAGCAAACCACAGUCACUCAUGUCUAAAAUAUUUGGUAACAAAAAGGAAGAUGAAGUGGAUAAAACAGUGCACAUUAAUAAUAUGAAUACAAGUGUACCAUUAACUAGUGUUGAAGACUUUGUACCGGACGAUGGUCUUUUAGAUAGAUCAUUCUUGGAAGACGGUAAUCAAGUCUCGCCACAGAAAAUACAGCAUCAAGAGCUAGAUUCCGAAAGCGAUACUGAAACUGCAAAUCCAUUGGUUGCCGGUUACGAGGACGAUUUAUCAUCCACCGAAGAAACAACGCCUCCGAUUCAGCCAAAAUUAGCUGAGAAUCCAUUAUCCAAACAAAAGCAUAAACGCGAAUCUCUUACAAAUACCGAAAUAAAUUCGGAGAAACUUCGACAAAUUGCUAAACGUGAUUCUGUCUCGUCGAUAGACCAAGAACUACAAAUAUCGAACAAUUACGAUAUCAAUGAACAACAAGAGAUUAGUUCUGAUGAAUUUGAUAUUUGGCUUCAAGGUGAUUCUAAAUGGAGACAGAGUCCUGAGGGUGGCGAAGAUGUGAGCAGUAGUAGCACAAGAAAAGACAGAUUAGGAUUGAGCGAUAAAAGUUUAGAUGUUAGUGUAACGAGUUCUAAUGUACAUCUAGAAUUACUUGAUAAUGCUAGUGUACAGCACAUGAGCUCGAAUGGCAGUAGUCCCGUAUUGAAAGAAAAGAAGAAGCACAAAGAAAAGAUGGAAGAUAAAGAGAAGAAGAAGAAGAAGAAAUCUAGAGAUAAAGAUAAGGAGAAAGAUAGAACAGAGAAAACAGAAAAGAAAAAGAAACGUUCUUCGCACCGAUCAAGAGAAGAGAGUAGGGAACAGGAGUCUCGUAGAAUUUCUGAAUGGUUCUGGAACCCAAAUUGAUACCGACAUUGUCCACAAAGCGAUAUAGCGUGUUUUGCUUAAAUGAUGUUACAUUUAAUCAUAUUCUUAAUCCAUAACUGUGUCUUCUGGUAAGGCACGCAAUAUUUCCUAUAAUAAUAAAUCUUUCAAAAUAAAAAUGAGAUUAUGGCUUGCCAUUGAUUUAAAAGCAAGCUGUAUAUGAUAUAAAUUUUUUGUUAUAAUUCUUUGUAUGAUAAAAAACGUUAUGAAUUGUAACAAGAGCAAAUUUUUAUCAAACCAAAAGUAAUAUUAUAUUAUUAAGUUCAAACUAUUUUAAUAAUUGUUGAUAAUAUAUUUGUCUAAUUAGCAUUCCAUUAGCAGCUCAUGUAAAAAUAUGUAUGAUAUCCAUUCAAAUCCAAAUGUAUUUCAUCAUUACGAUUUUGAACUAAUAUUUAUGAUCUAUAUGAACUCGAACUACUUCCUUUAUCACUUCGUAUCUUCCCCGACGCAAUUUUUCUGAAAAGAAUAUUUGAUUAAUAUUUUUACCCAUUUAUUUAUAAGUGUUACUAGCUGCUUAUUGUUUAAAAAAAUUUUCUCGUGUAGAAAAACAUUUAUGUCGUUUAAGUGAUGAUAUAUGGUUAUUAUUUUUUAACAUAGCGAUUAUAACGUCACCGAUAAAGCAUUAUGUUAAUAUGUAUAUAUAAUUAAACAAAAGAAUUGUCUUACAACUUGGUA